AUGAGUAAAUCGCAAAGUAAAGAAUUUUUCAAGAAAAAACAACGUUGUCAAAAUAAAAAGAAUAGUGCUACUAGUGUUGGUAUUAAUGUUAUUAGUCCAACAAUGAACAAUGUGGGACAAGGUAAACCGUAUCAUAUUCAAACAUCUCAUGGAAAUACAACUGGUUUGGUUGUUGGUGGUGAAGAUCCAGCUCUUGUUGUUAUUAAUCCACAUCCACUACCAACGAUACAUCAAACAAAAGAAAAACGUACAAAAAUUUGUUGUUUAUUGUAA